AUGGGGGUAAUAAGAGGAUCCACCUGGUGACAGUGGGAGGGAGCCAUGUUGGAUAGGGAUCCUGUGUCAUAAGAAGAGCCAAGGCAAAGGUUUACAGUACCUGCUUAACUAUCACCCCAGUGGCAACAACAGUGUAGUUGAUAGGAGGACCUGUUUUCUUAAUCUACAACAAGCGAGUGAAGAAACUGUCUGUUUUAAUGAAAUGGAUGACAAGUUACCCGAAGGAUGUUUGUUUCUUGUUCUGUAUUUCUAGGAUAUCAUUACACCAUCCAAAAAAGAAUGCUCCUUUGAGAGAGAAGCUGCCUCGUACGCAACGAGUCUCUAUUGGAUUUACUUUGGUGCUCAAACUUGGUGGAUGCUUUACCACACCAGUGAACUGCGCAGCACAUCUGUUUAUGCUGGAGCUGGAAAAAUCAACAUGUUGACAUCCGUGAUUUCCACGCAGCUCAUCCCAAUACCCGACACUGUUUCCCAUUUUGAAAGGACUUCAAUUUUCCCCAAGUAAACGGGACUAAUUUGAACAGAAAAUGGAGCCCUAAAUGUUUCAAUCACACUUUUCAGAGUGGAGCCAUUUGAACGCCUCACUGAGCCCCCCAAACUGUCUGGACUGUUGUGAGUGGAUUGAUGUUUCUAUGUAACGCGUGUGCGAGUGCAGUGCAGCCUUGGAUCCAUCGUGGAACCACCACAGUGCGCCCGGGCGCCCAGCCUUCGGGCCGGAGACGCUCCACACCAGCAACUACUCUCUGGUGUUACUGAUUCAGCUCAGCCUGCUCUCCUUCGACCUGUUUGUUAACUCCUUCAGCGAGCUGCUGAGGGCUGAACCGGCUGUCCAGCUGGUGCUUUUCAUUAUCCAGGACAUUGCCAUCCUGUUCAACCUGAUCAUCAUUCUGUUGAUGCUGUUUAACACCUACGUGUUCAGGGUCGGCCUGGUCGCCAUACUGCUGGAGAGAUUUAGAGCUCUGCUAAUUCUCUCUGCUCUCUACUUGACCUUCAGUAUCAUACUCCAUUCCUGGCUUAUGAAUCUACGUUGGCUAAAUAUCAACAGAUUUAUUUGGACAGACGGCCUUCAGGUGCUGUUUGUGUUCCAAAGAGUCGCUUCUGUGUUGUACUACUAUUUUUACAAGAGGACCUCAGAGUAUCUGGGUGACCCUCGCCUCUACGAGGAUUCACCGUGGCUGCGAGAACUGUUCGCUCGGGUCAGACAGUGAUCUUGCUGCAAAAAAAGCACGUGAUGCCACAGAGGCCAGAACUAAAAACAGAUUGAUACAUGUGGAAACCAAAAAUGUUAUAAUAAAGUGUGCAUUUGGAAAUCCAUACUUAAAAUGGGGGACAAAAUGGCCACUUUAAUACAGUGUAUUUUAAAUGCAUUUCCAAUCACAGUACCAGCUACAUUCUGGGAACAUUCAUUUUCAAAUUUAAAAUAAGAAAUACAUUCAGGCCUAAAUGCAUUUGUUGCAACACAUAUAUUAUAAAACAAUUUGACAGGAAUUGUAGCCAAAAUAUCUAUUCCACAUAGCAUUUCCUUUCAAAGGAUUGUGCCAAAAUCUGGUAAGACGUUUUAGAACGUCUCAUCAGGCUUGUUUUGCUGGUCAGAUGGUAAAAAUGA